UCGGAUAGGGUAUCUCAAUUUUAAGGGGCUCUUGUAGUAUUAAGUAGUCCCUGUCACACAUGCACUGCAAGCCUGAGCUUAUCUAGUCUAAUGUCCAAUCGAGCCCAUGUGUGGAUACAGCAGGUCUUUUCCUCGAUUGACUGAAAAGAAACACGCUGUGGGUUCAUGGGGAUUUAUUAUGUUGGAGCCAGUGGUUGCAUCCUUGAACAUUUCCCUCGCCUCAUUCAAGACGCCUCCAAGAUCUACGGAGCGUCUGCCGGUGCCUUGAUGGCUGCCAUUCUUACUAUUGGAAUCCCCAUAGAACAAACCUGUGCUGAUUUGAUGUCUAUGGCUAAAGAGGCCCGAAAGCGGAAACUGGGACCCCUGCACCCAGCUUUCAACCUGCUCCAGAUUGUCCAGAGCUCCCUGCUAAUGAACCUCCCAGAAGACGCCCAUGUGCGUGCCUCUGGAAAGCUCUGUGUGUCUCUCACCAGAGCGUCUGAUGGAAAGAACGUUUUGGUGUCUGAGUUUGAUACUAGAGACGAACUCAUUCAGGUUCUCAUGUGUAGCUGCUUCAUCCCUUUGUACUGUGGUGUCAUCCCACCAACCUACCGCGGAGUGCGCUAUAUGGAUGGUGCCAUCAGCAACAACCUGCCCCACUGUCACCUGAAGAAUACUAUCACAUUUUCUGCGUUUGCCGGCGAAAGUGACAUCUGCCCCCGAGUGAGCGCACUCAAUUUCCAUGAGGUGCGCUUCAACAAUGUCAGCAUCCAGGUCAGCACAGAGAACAUGUACAGGGUGACCAGCACCUUCUUCCCCCCUGAGCCUGAGGUAAUGGCAGAAAUCUGCCAGAAUGGAUACUUUGAUGCUCUCCGCUUCUUACAAGAGAACGACCUAAUCAAAAGUGAGUGUCCCUUGGGCACUUUGGAGAUGGACGUUCCCAAGCCUGCUUGUUGUGAGCUGGUGAAGGAGUCAGCUGAAGUCGAAGCUUCCAAUAAGAAAGCACAGCUGAAUGGACUGAACCUUCCUCAGGAAGAGCAUUGGUGGCUGGACCAGCGGCUCAUAGAGAGCCUCCCGGUUAACAUCAAAAAGGUGCUCUGCCAGGCAUGUAGAGAGAGCCAUACCUCUAGCAGUCUGUUGUCCCUGGUCACUGAGUUUCUGCCUGUUAAAGUGACCUCAUACCUGCAGACCCCUUGUAGUCUGCCUGUGGAGUCAGCCUGCUCUGUAGCCCAGAGACUAGUUGACUGGGUCCCAGAUGUGCCCAGGGACAUGAGGUGGCUGUAUGGCAUGGCGGGGGAUACCCACAAACAAGCGUCCAAGGAUGAGACGGACAGCGAUGAUAGUGAAUCAACAUCGCAGAGAUCCAAAACCCUGCCAUCAGGCCUGGACCUGCAGAACCAGAGAGAAAAGGAGGUAAACGCUCUCCCCUUGACCUUGGAAGCCUCUCCCACUGAUAGGUGUACCUUCUCCAUGAACACGAACAGUGACCUGGACCACCUGCCCCUGACUCCGCCCCCUACACCCACCUUCAACCCCAGCUCUUGGUUUGGGGAAGCCGCCACACCGUCACCACCCAACGUAGGUGGAGUUUGGGGUAUGAGUCUGGGCAGGGCUGUAGGGUGGUUACGAAACAUCACAUCCGAGCAAGCCUCAAAUGAUCCAACUUCCUUGUCCUUCUUUAAGUGAACAUCCUCAUUGUGGAAUUCAAAGAGUGCAUUAUGAAGGAGAAAAUAUUAAUAAAGGAAAAUAAAUGUGA